AUGGCCAGUUUCGGGUUGAUCUACUAUGACCAUCAUGCCAUUGUUCAAGAGAAGUUCGGCUUCACAGAGCCCGAGGGGGGAAUAGCUGUGUUACGACCAGAUGGCUAUCUCGGUUUUGCCACUUCCUUGGAUCGAGGUCCCGAAGUCGAUGCCUACUUCCGUCAAUUUGUUGCUGGCGAAAGUCAACCCGCACCGCUUUCUGAGCCUUGA